UAAAUAUAAAGACCGAUUUUGUAGGCCCCAAAAAUUUGAUGACCGUUAAUAACUUACCGGCUACCGCUAUUUCGCCCACCACUUAUAUUCGCCGAUAGAUAUAUGCUCCAUUAACGAACCCGCCAAGUCGACUUGAAAAACCCGCGGCGCUACCAAAUUCGACACUCUGACGGAGCUUCCGGCUUCCGUUCCCCGGCUUAUAUUGAAAUCCCCCGCAGAAAAUUAUGCAGAAGGAGUCGCUACUCUCUGUAGCAGAACGUGCACAUCCAGCCUGGUUUAACGCCGAAACUGGAAUCUACCGCAGCCCACACGCCGCCGUUGCUCUCCCCGCCGACCCUCUCCUCGACCUCGUCUCCUUCAUCUUCUCCCAUCGCCGUCGCGAUGCACCCCACACCUCCUCUUCCUCGGCGGUCGCCCUUCUCGAUUCCGCUUCCGGCGACUCAAUCACUUACCAAGACCUCUUCCCCCUCGUCAAAUCCACGGCCUCUGCCCUCCAGAAAUCGGGCAUCCGCCACGGCGAUGCCGUCUUGCUCGUCCUUCCCAAUUCAAUUCACUUCCCCGUCGUCUUCCUCGCCGUCCUCUACGCCGGCGCCGUCGUCACCACCAUGAACCCUCUCGCGACCGUCGUGGAGAUCCAGAAGCGCAUUGCCGAUUGCGGCGUCCGUUUGGGACUCGCUGCGCAGGAGAGAGCUACGGCUCUGCAGGAUUCCGCUCUCGGAAUUCCGUUCGUCUUAGUCCCGGAAUCGAACUCUGGUUCCUCCCUAUUGGAUGCCUUUGGCGGCUUGAUUGGUCGCGACGUUGAUUCGGAUUUGAGGCCUCCGGCAAUUCGGCAGCAGGACGCGGCGGCGAUUAUGUACUCUUCUGGAACCACAGGCGCCAGCAAGGGCGCCGUGCUGACGCACGGGAACUUGAUUGCUGCGGUGGAGCUCUUCGUGAGGUUCGAGGCUUCGACGUACGAUUUCCCACCUCAGGAGAAUGUUUAUCUCGCUGUGCUGCCCAUGUUCCACAUAUACGGCCUCGUUCUGUUCGUCGCCGGCCUGCUGUCGUUGGGCUCCACUAUUGUCGUGAUGAAGAAAUUCGAUGUGGGUGAAGUAAUCAAGGCCAUUGAGAGGCAUGGGGUCACCCAUUUCCCCAUUGUCCCGCCGAUAUUGGGUCCCUUGACGGAACGCGCCAAAGGUGUUUGUGAAAAUGGCUUAAAGAGCUUGAAGCAGGUUUCCUGUGGUGCAGCUCCUUUAAGUGGCAGCACUGUUCAGCACUUCCUCAAUGCCUUCCCUCAUGUUGACUUCAUUCAGGGAUAUGGUAUGACCGAGUCGACUGCAGUAGGAACCCGGGGAUUCAACACGAAGAGAUUUCAGAAGCACUCUUCAGUAGGACUGCUAGCUCCAAACACAGAAGCCAAAGUUGUGGAUUGCACCAAUGGCCAUCCCUUGCCUCCAGGCGGAAUUGGGGAGCUCUGGAUGCGAGGACCUGGCACCAUGAAAGAACUCUUAAAUCCUCCCACAGGAUACCUGAACAAUCCGGAGACAACUGCUGAGACAAUUGACAAAGAUGGUUGGCUUCGUACCGGAGACAUUGUUUCCUUCGACAAAGAUGGCUAUCUGUACAUCUUUGAUCGAUUGAAAGAGAUGAUCAAGUACAACGGGUUCCAGAUAGCACCAGCUGAUCUGGAAGCUGUAUUGAUAACCCACCCGGACAUACUCGAUGCUGCUGUAACAGGGGCGGCAGACAAAGACGCUGGAGAAAUACCGGUGGCGUUCGUGGUGAGGAGGCGGGGAAGCAAUCUCAAUGAAGAGGAUGUAAUCAAACAUGUAGCCGCUCAGGUGGCGCCGUAUAAGAAAGUGAGAAGGGUGGUGUUCACAGAAGGAAUACCAAGGUCUCCAGCCGGGAAGAUCCUUAGACGGGAACUGAGGAGCUUGAUGAAGUUCACUCCCACUCCCAGACUCUAAUUAACGUUGUAAUCAGUUCCAUUGAAACACUUUCUCCAUUAAUUGUCUCUUCACCAUUUGUCUACACAUUUGUGUACUAGUAAUAGCAUUUUUGUCAACUGUUACAUGUAAUUAAUGAAAUCAUUCCAAUCUCUUUUAGUCUAUACGGUCAGAUUCGAAAGGUGAGAGCUGUUAUAUUUAAGGUGUCGGUAGAAUGAAAACUGGAAAUUUGUUGAAUUUUACAAAAUGAACUGUGCUUUAACUUAUUGUUCCUUGUCUUUUAAUGUUAAUGCUUUGACAGAUUGAGUGAAGACAAAAGCAUGAGGGAAGGGGGCAAAGAUAGUGAGUGAGAGGAUGAAUAGAGAACAUGUUAAGGAGAAAGAAACGGGCAACUGGUCCCAGGUAGAUUUGUGCUGGAGGAGAUAGCAACCCAACUGGUUACAUUGUUUCAAGUUGUCCAUGUUGGUUCUAAUGAAGGUUAAAAGGACAAUUUACCAAGUAGAUGGUGGCUAUAUCACUUGAUUUGUAUUAUAAGAAAAUGAUAUGAUAUAAGAUUUUGUUUUUGCU